GGGCGGGGCUUUAAAUUGACCAAGUGCCUUUCCUCGCUUUCGUUGAAAAGAUGAUACUGUGGUUGGAUUUUAACUGAUAAUCCGUAAACUACAGACAUGACGGAUCAAUUAUAUUCAGCCUUAGCUAACAGCAUGGCUAACUCUUAAAAAGGUAUCAAUGUGUAAAAUAUGGAUCGUGAAGUGGGAGAGAACUCCUUUGAACAUGGAAGAUUGGGAACUCUCAGACGAUGGGGAAGAUUUCUUUGUGGUCCACGGAAUCUCACGUUUAAAGAUGUGCUUACAUGGCAGCUCUGCAAAACUAUUGCAAUGGGUCAAGCCCUGUCUAUGCUGAUAUGUGGGACGGCAGUUACAUGUCAGUAUUUGGCAAAUGCUGGGGUAGAGACGCCAAUGCUGCAAAGCUUCCUCAAUUACACCUUGCUGCUGCUCACCUACACUUUAGCCUUAGCCUUCAGGAGAGGUGAAAAUAACAUUGUUCGAAUUCUAAAAACAAAGUGGUGGAAGUAUUUUCUGAUGGCUCUUACGGAUGUGGAAGCCAACUACACAGUCGUGAAGGCAUACCAGUUCACUACCCUUACAAGUAUACAGCUGCUGGACUGCUUUGUGAUCCCGGUUCUGAUGGUGCUCUCAUGGAUCUUUUUGAAAACUCGCUAUAGACCGUUGCAUGUUAUAGCUGUGGCUGUGUGUUUGCUUGGAGUCGGUGCAAUGGUGGGAGCAGAUCUGCUGGCAGGGAGAGAACAAGGCUCAAGUAGUCAUGUGUUGUUGGGGGAUGGACUCGUGCUGGUCAGUGCUGCUCUGUACGCAGUGUCAAACGUUUGUCAGGAAUACACAGUGAAAAACCUGAGCAGGGUAGAGUUCUUGGGCAUGAUGGGGCUCUUUGGGACACUCGUCAGUGGUGUGCAGAUGGCUAUAUUUGAAUCCAAAGCUGUGCCUGUCAUCAACUGGAACUUGAAAAUAUGCCUGCUCUUUGUUGCAUAUACUCUGUGCAUGUACGGGCUGUACAGUUUCAUGCCUGUAGUGGUAAAGAUGACCAGUGCCACGGCUGUGAACCUCUCACUGCUAACUGCUGACCUCUUCAGUCUCUUCUGUGGCAUGUUUCUUUUUCGCUACAAUUUCUCAGGCCUGUACAUCGCGUCUUUUGUGGUGAUCACGCUUGGUUUCAUCAUGUUCAACAUCGUACCGACCUACACAGCAGAUCAGUCUUAUUCCACUAAUGACAGAGCGUAUCAUCUUGCUUCAUCUGCAGAUGUCCAACAAGAUGGAGACAUUGUAGUAGACUGGCUGCAAAAGGAAGGACAGGAGAAUCAGGACAGGACAGGAUCAAGUCACAAAGCAUAUUGCAAUGGAUUCUGUUCCCAGAUAUAAAGCUCUACAAUGUAGAGUACAGUAUUGAAUUUUAUAGAUUUGCUUUAGAAGGGUUCAUAUUUUUGCCAGUGUCAAGUCAGUAUUUAAUCCAUUAUUUAAGGAUUUUAAAUCCACUUCACUGUGCCUUGACUAUAUUUUUAUGUACACCAAUUUGCAUAUAAAUGUUAUUUAAAUCUGCUGAGACUUAAGUUGACACAUUACAAAAAUAGAAAGUUGUCAUCAUGCACUAUAAUGAUCUGUGCAGUACUACCUUAAGAGGUGCUAACAUCUCAAUUCCAUAUGAGAUGCUGCUCCCAGUAUGAUUACUGAUAUUAACAUUCUUUAUGUUUGUCACAUUCUGUUUGUCUCACUUGUUAUUUUUAUUUGAGUUACAAAAUGACUACAAAACUGUACAUUUGUUGGUACAUUUAUUAGUAUUGAAUGUUUUUUUUUUGUUUCCACAUUUGAAAAUGAUUAUUUUUGACCAGUAAAGUGUUUCUUUCAUUCAUAGUUAAGCUGUAAUAGUGGUGUUUGUCAAAUAUGCUAAGUUGAUUUUACAUUAAAACAUUUGUUGGCUUAUAGAACAUAUUUUAAAGACUCACAUAUCUCCCCACCCCCAUCCCCCAAGGGGGAUGAUUCUAUUCUAUACCCACUGUAUAUUAAAAUAAUAGCAAGUCAUCCUGGAACCCCCUUGAAAGUUUACCGAGGCCCUCUGCUUGAGGACCACACUAGAUUUUCUUUAUGGACCCCAGUGUACCAAACCCUGGUUCUAGAGGAGCAAA